AUGUGUGGCCGUGGCCUAACCUACUCUGGGGAAUCCAUGGCUGUGUGCUGCCCUUUAUCCAGUGACAAUUGGAAAUGGUUCGGCACAAAUUCCAAAGACAACAAUUAUUUAGAUUGCGUCUACUCCAAAAGCAAAAAGACACUCUUUGCCCUCACCAACACUUUCCAAUUGGAGGCAUGGGACUUGACGGCUGCAUCCCCUGAAUUGAUACGGAUUAUGGGUGAGUUUAGUAAUAUCCUCGACCAAGAAGAGAAGAUGAAGAAGAAGAAGAAGAAGUUGUUACGGUCCAGAGACGACUUGACAUGUUGGCAUGAGUACCAUCUGGUGGUUGCCGGAGAGGAUCUCCUGGUGGUGACUCAGUACAUAAUGGAAUCCGUUGACUUGGAUGGUUUGUAUUUCGACUCAUACUUAGAAGAAUCACCUUCUGACCUCACGACUGCGACUAUUGAUUUUGAUGUGUAUAGAUAUGAUCCAGAGGAUGGGGAUCUCAAGUAUGUGGAAGGUUCGUGUUUGGGUGGUUGGGCUCUUUUCGUAGGUAACUACAACCACUCUGUUGCGUUGCGUGCGCGUGACUUUCCAGAGCUGAAGCCCAACUCCAUCUACUUUACAGAUACUUUACCGGAUAGUUAUGAUUCUAAUCAAGGUAACCAUGACAUUGGCAUCUUCAGUUAUGAGGAUAAGACUGUGUCACCGUGCUAUUAUCCAUGUGACCCUCCCAACCUAAAACCGAUGUUCCCAGAGCCCAUGUGGUUUUUCCCAACCAACUUCUGA